CGGGUCUUGCGGGCGGCCGCCCUCUCCAGCUGUUUCGCGCAUCUGCCAGCCGCGCCUUCUCCUCGCGCAGCCACACCGCCAGGACCCUCAGCGAGCGCUGCCACCGACGCGGCUCCCAUGUCCGGGGAAGAAGCAGCCGGGGCCGAGGUGGGCGCCCCACCGGCCGGCUCCGCCGUGCCACCUGCAGACCCGCCGCAGCAGCAGCCCGAGGCUGCUCAGGCAGCCGCGCCGGCGGAGGCGGGCAAGGCGGCCGAGGGGCCGCCGAAGGACGAGGCGGCCGGCGCCGCUGCCAGCGCCGGUGCCGCCCCUGCCGGCCGCCCGUACCGCGCGCUGGUGCUGACCGGCUUCGGUGGCUACGAGAAGGUGAAGGUGCAGACGCGGCGGCUGCCCAGCGCGGAGCCCAGCCCGGCUGCCGGCCAAGUCAGCGUGCAGGUCCGGGCCUGCGGACUCAAUUUCGCCGAUCUCCUGGCCCGCCAGGGGCUCUACGAGAGGCUCCCUCCGCCUCCCGUUAGCCCCGGCAUGGAGGCGGCCGGAACCGUGCUGGCCGUGGGCGAGGGCGUCUCCGGCCCGCAGGUAGGUGAUAAGGUGAUGGUGAUGGCCAGAUCAGGCCUCUGGCAAGAAAUUGUGACAGUCCCAGCCAAUCAGACCUUUCCAAUGCCAGAAGGGAUGAGCUUUGAGGAAGCAGCUGCCUUUCUGAUCAAUUACAUCACAGCCUACAUGGUUCUCUUUGACUUUGGCAACCUUCGACCCAACCAGAGUGUCCUUGUCCACAUGGCAGCAGGUGGAGUGGGAACUGCAGCAGUUCAGCUCUGCAAAACUGUGGAAAAUGUCACCAUUUUUGGCACCGCUUCUGCUUCCAAACAUGAUUACCUCAAGGAGAAUGGAGUUACUCACCCCAUUGACUAUCGGACAACUGAUUAUGUGGCAGAGGUUCGGAAAAUCUCACCCAAAGGUGUAGAUAUCGUCUUGGACCCCUUGGGGGGCUCAGAUACGACAAAAGGCUUUAACCUCCUUAAGCCAAUGGGCAAAUUAGUCACCUAUGGUGUAGCCAAUUUGCUAACAGGACAGAGAAAGAACCUGAUGGCCAUGGCAAAAACCUGGUGGAACCAGUUCAGCAUCAAUGCCUUACAGCUUCUCCAUGUUAACAAGGCUGUUUGUGGCUAUCAUCUGGGGUACCUAGAUGAGGAGGUAGAGCUGCUGCAUGAUGUAGUGACCAAGCUACUUGCCCUCCACAAUCAAGGCAAAAUCAAACCAAAGGUGGACUCUGUCUGGUCAUUUGAGCAGGUGGUGGAUGCCAUGAAGCAGAUGCAAGAGAAGAAGAACAUCGGGAAAGUAGUGCUGGUCCCUGAAGCAGCACCAAAGGAUGAAAGCAAAAAAGGAGAGAACUAAAAGUGCAUGGGUGGAUUGUCUGACCUCAGGUCCUUACCUUGGGGGGUGUGUGUGUGUGAGUGUGUUCGUUUGUUUGUUUGUUUUAGUGCCCCCCCCCCAAGGAAAGUAGGGAUGGACAGUUCUUACUAACUGUUGUUAAUGGAAAAGACAAACAUUUGUGGUCAGUUGGUUGUUUUAAAGAUGGUACAAGCUUGUGAGUUUCACAAAUCCUUCAUUAUGUGAAAUUCAAAUGAUUGCACCAUCACUAUAAAAGCGAUGGCUAACCUAGUUAAAAAAGAUACCACGUUGAUCCUACAUCUGUACUGUUACAAUAUCAACACUUUGCUCUCUUAAGGGAACAAAAAGGCAUCAUUUGAAUUCCAGAUGUGUCACUAGAAUUUCUUGAUCUUUCCAUUUCUUUUAUUGUUACCCCACCAACAGUGCCACAGUAUUCCCAUCUGUGUGAUUUGUCUCUUCUCUUCCAUCCACCCCCAUUGACAGUUUCUAUAGAAAUGAUGCCUCAAAGUUUCCAGUUCUGACAGGUGCUUUUAAUAAGCUGAAUGUGCCAGGCAUUUCUGCAGCUUCGCUGUGACAGAAAAAUCAGAAGUGGGAAAAGAAUCGUGCCACUUCCACCCAUGCCUUUUGAUGCCCUUGGCCCUCAUUCCUCCUGCAGCAAGCAAUUGCCCCACAUAACACAGGCAAACCUGGCACCCCCAACCCGUUUAAAAACUUGCCAUGGGAACUGCUCUGUGGGAGAGUAAGGAAUUGUCAACAAAAUCAUUUCCAGGAGCCAAAAUGUACUUCUCCCUGCAUUUAUUUUGGGGGGAAUGCUUGACUUUUUCUAAUUGUAAUGGUGCCAAACAGCUGACUAACCUCUAAUCUAUUGCUUGCAAUCAACUCCUGUCAUGUAAACAGUAUGCACCAAUGCGGGGCUGGUUUGAUGUUUUAUUGUAGAAAUGUCUUUUUUAGUAACUACUUAGUUUUAACACAUGAAAAGUGGUUUGAUCACAGCUGGUUGGAAGAAAGGAUACUGAGUCAUUCCCUUUUACAACUCUUGAUUUCCAUUUUACAUUGAGACCAAAGUACUUGGAAAUACAUAUAAUCUAGCCAUUUCCAAGGUACCAUCCACAACAGGAACAGUCUGUCUUUCAGACUAAGUAGUGGCUAAAUGUUGCCUUUAUGUUUGCAUGGAGAGGGGUUGUGUGUGUUUGUGUGUGUGUGGUUCUCCGCAAGGGGCACAGAGGACAGGCAGCAGGAACCAACUCUUCUGAUUAGUGGGCAGCAUCUUGUCUUGGCAUGGAAAAAUGAGCCAGUCUCUUUGAAGACACGAGCCAACUGCCUCUGUUGCAGGCACUCUGUGCUGUGUCGGGCAGCCCUGCUAUAACUCUGUUUCUGUCUAAUGCAUUCACCACUGCUAUCGAUUCUGAUAGCUUCAUUGAAAACUCAGAGUCCUCUUCUUUCGCUUCCUGUACUCUGUACAUCUUUUUAGGUCUUUGACCAAAUGAGUGUUUUUUACUCAAACACAAGGGCAAAUAGUCCUGAAAUUGUGCCCCACAUUGUCUCCCCAUAUGUUGGCAGAUCUUCCUUGGACUAAGCUCUGGCCUGUCUCAUUAUUCUAGUUAGCAGCUUAGCUACAUGCAAAGUGUCAAGGGGUGCACUUCCCCAGACUCCUUCUUUGAUGUUAAAGGCAUUGAAGCCCUGAAGCUGGUCUUCUGCCUUUUCCUGAUGUAGGAAAGUAAUCAAGGCUACAAAGAAUUGAGGGCUGUGAAGCAUAUUUCUGACAGGUCUUUCCGCCCUUCUUCUAUCAGGAAGCCACAGAUACUUGAGGUCAGAAAGCUCUCCCUUUAAUUUAAAAAGCAUGUAUGAGAGUAGAGGCUGCCAUUGAGCUGUGAAGAGUUGGGAUGUAGGCUGUAUGCCUGGAAAAUACAUGUGAUUUGUCUGUAGAGAGCUUCCCUCCUUCCGAAGCAUCCAUCUGCUAGGACAGUUGCUAGUCUAGAACUUUUAAGGUCUCUUCUGUAACAAGCAGGUCUGCUAAUAAUUUUUAGUAAGUAAUAUUGACUGCAGUCCAGUUUGCCCUGCCCUCAGUGCCCUCUGGACCUACAGCCAAUGCACAGAAUGAAUUAGGAAGGUGGAGAUCCCUGCCAUUGAUACCCUUUGUGUUGUGUUUUUGAUCUAGGCAGUCAUUUUGGCCAUCUAGAUUAAGCAGCAGGGAGGGCCAGGGAAGAAGGCUGGAGCAUCACUAGGAAUUAAUAUAAGGUGAUGGCCCAGCCUCUUCCCCUCCCUGCCCUGGGAAUGCUUCCCCUUCUCCUCUAUGAGGCACCAGUAGCAAUCUUAGAAAGGCACUCACUGGGCCAUUUCUGCCCUGGCUGUGAGGGAGGUGGGGUGGCCAUGGCUCUUGGCCUUUGGAGUCCCAGCUCUGAGGUCAUAGGAUGUUGAAUUUGAGGCUCUGAAUAAUCCUGUGGCCUCCCAAGAAACAUCAAGUAGUCAUAGGAUUAAGGUAGUCAACACAACUGUGAGUCAGGCUUGAGGGAAAGAAUCCCAAGGACGGCUGAAAGCAAAAGAUGGAAGAAGUAAACGCUGGCAAGCUCUUCUUGCCGUGCCUCAUUUCUUUUAUCAUUUGAUUAGGGGUGGGCAAUUGGUGGCCCUUCAGAUGUUUUUCACCUCUUCCCUUAUCAUGGGCCAUGAUGUCUAAGAUUGAUGGGCAUUGUAGCCUUUCAGAUGUUUUGGUUUACAAGUUGCCCAUCUCUUCUUUAGAUCUUGAAGCUCUGGGGUUUGGGAAUUCAUAUUUUUUAGGACCCCAAAUUUCAGGUCACAGUAUUACUUAUUUCAUUCUUGGCCUCUGUUGACCUGCCUGCUUCUGCUCCUCCCAAAUGGUAGCAUAGGUUCCAGAUUAAUUCACAGGGUCCUAGAGCUGGCAGAGACCAAAAGCCUGUAGACCAAAGCAGAGCACAGGACUUGUGUGCAGAUGACCACAAGUUCCUUCCAUGCAAACUCUAGCUAGAAAGUAUCAGGUAGCAGAGCAAGAAAAGACAUGUGACUGGCCAGCCACUUACUCAUUGAUCAGCAUAAUGCAAGCAACAAGUAUACAAGAUUAGAGAUCAUAUGACUAACCCAGCUGACUAACUCAACUUGAAACUGUGAUACUAGCUGGAUUCACACAACAUGACAAGCAAUCCUGCAUGUUGACCAUGGUUCAUCUUUUUUAUCAUGAUCUACCCAACAGAGGGCUUAGUUUCUACAUUGGCACUGUUUCCAUUUUUCCUGCUUGGUCCUCCUUCUGUUGUCACAUAUCCCAUCAACCACAACACCUGAAAUUCAGCCCUGAGGUGCCUCACUGCAUGCCUACAUUACCUGCUUCUUCCUCACUGGUCCACAAACAGUGGCUCCUGCACUUGUCCUUUUCUGAGGACUCCAUGGUAGCCAUAUACCAGGACCAUGGAAACCGCAAUCCUGGGCUCAGGCACCACCACAAGUGAUGGUGGUACAGAGGAAACAUUGAACAAACUAUGGUUUCUUAAUGUAGUUUCUAAAGACCAAACUUCCCAUGGUGAAAUAACACAACUGGGUUCAAACAGUGCAACAUACCAGCAAUGAUUAAAAAACCUAUCAUGUCUUGCCCUGCUGUCUGAACCCAGCCACGGUGUAUCAGGACCAGUUCUUUUGCUGAAGUUGCCUCUGUCUCCUUUCUGUUCCUAAGUUUUUGUCAUCUGCUCCCACUGAGCCAGUCUUUUAAGACUCACAGACCCCUACCUGAAUCCAUCCUGAAGGUUCUUAGGCCUAUAAAACGUGAGGAUUUCUUAGUCCACUUAGUCUUGCUUGGAAAGCAAGCAAACUGAAAUUCUCAAUUCUGUCAUGCACAACAGAAGAAUAGCUUUUAGAUAGACAUGUCUGACUGCAGAACUCUGACUGCCAACAAAAGGGGUGGGAGGAACUGACACGAAAACAGUUCCUCCUUUUUCUCUUGCCUUCCUGCUUGCCACUGCUUGGUGCCUUAUUCUGGCUGGCAUUCCAAAACUUUUCUAACAUCACCCUUCUAAUAUCGCAAGGGACAGCCUAGAACUCCUAUGCUGCAUUGUUACUCGCCAUUUUAUCGGUGCCUUGUUCCCGUACGGUCUAAUUUGAGAAACCCUUGCCCAGCCUGACGUGUCGAAGAGUGCCUGCCCCAUGGAACUAGGAUGAAACAGGAUGUAUGACUUAUAUUUUACACAAGCAAUGAGGAGUGUGCACCGUAUGGUGCAUUUCUGCACAAGUCCCAUGUGUCUCUGUGCCACUAACAGCAUGAGCUUCCUCAGAAAUCCACACAUGAGGAUUUCUGAUAUUUCCAGUUAGGCUACAAAAAUGGCUUUUUUAAUUCCCCCGAGCACCAUUGCUGAAUGCUGAUGUGCUACCGGCAGCUACAUUUUCAAUCCAGUCUGCAUCUCAGUUAAUGUAUUGCUUCUGAAUUGUGAAUGUGGAGAAUGGAAUGCAGUUCUUAGCAUCAUUUCUGAAAGUAUUAUCUGUUGAAUGGAGAGAUGGGCCUCUCCCUGCCAGGCACACUACCACAUUUGGAAUGAGAUGGGAACUCAUGCACAAAUGGGGCCAAACCGCAGAAGAAUCCGUAAUGUGCUGUAGCAGUGAGUGAGACUUUCUUCAGAGAGCUGAUGUCCUUUUCUGUUGGAGACAUCAAAGCAUGAUAACUUCUCUGUUGCCUUGCUGAUAAAUACUGUGGAUUUGAAAUUUAUAGUAGCCUCUUCAUUUUAUGACUCAAUUGUAUGUGUGCUUCAGACAACUUUCAUGGGCCAUUAGUACUAAAUAAAGUAUCUUGACCGCCUUUGAAAAAAUUGAACUGUCUUAACUUGUUAAAACAUAACAGCUUAACUUUGAGGACCAAAGCAAGAAAAAGAUGUCUUCCAAGUUUUCAGAAAUAUUCUCUAAUACAAAACAGGAGUACAAAAUUCUUCAUGGGUUUUGCAACAGUGUUUCAAGAUAGCUGAAAUGCCAUUGAGUUCAGAAUUGGUGUGACUUAGGAUGAUACAAAGGGCCAGAGCUUUGAGCAGCUUAAAGGGCUUUCAAAUAGGCAUGGAGGGAACCCUUAGCACCAUUUCAGUCCCAAAAGGCCCAAAUUUGCCAAGGCUGCCGGGAAACAAUUUCAUCGCAUCAGUUUCAUGGGUGAAAGGUGGGCUGAGCUAGCCUUGUGCACAAAUUUCUGUGUACAACCAUUUGAUCUUUCACCACUAAUACCAGCUACUGUGGCCUCAUUUAAACAACAGAAAUGGGCAUGGGAUAAGAAACAAAUUGACUUAAAGUGUUAUUUUGUUUAAACGUACCAAAGUCAAUAUCUGAAUUGGAACUCGGUUGCUGGAGAUGAAACACUUGAGAGAUGUUCUCAAGAAAAUCUAACCAGGUGUGGCCUUCCAAAAAAUAAAAGGUAUUGUUGUCUAGUGCACAUUUUUUACAACAUUCCCAUUUGUUGAUAGUGUAGAAUUUAGGAAUAUUGGGAUGGUGUGGGAGAGGAUUGAAGGAAGAGACAGAGGCCGUAAAACUACUCAGUUUCUGAAGUUGAUAAGAUUAUUUUUAAACAGAUUAAUGUGGCAUAAAAUUUAGUGCAAAUGUCUUUCCAGAUUUGCUGAAAAGUUCAUUGAGCCUGACAUUUGUGAGAGUGUUUGCUUCACUUCUUGAUUUUUCAUCUGAAUGUUCUAACCAGGUUUAUUACCCAAAAUUGUUUAAAAAAGGGAUCCUCAUUUAUCAUCACCGUGUUGUUGGCAUUUCAAAAAUGUUCUAAAACCCAUUUUAAAUUGUGUUGGGCUUGGCUCCCAAAAACAAGAAUGUUAUAAUUACACAGCAGCCACUGGGAGAGAAGGUAGAAGGGAAAGCUAAAGCUAAGGCAACCAGGGAAAUGUCAGAGGCAGGGAAAGCCCUACCACUAUCAAGGCAAGAUGUUUUAUUUGCAUGCUUUUUGUGUGGUGUAGCUUUGAACGAGACAUGGCAGACAUCCAGACAUAAAUAAGAUGAGCAGUUGUCCAUAAAACCUGGAGUACUGGUGAUGAUGGGUAAUGAGCAAUUUGUGACUGGAGCCUCACAGCAGGCUGUGGUGUACAUCCUCUCAACUCCUUUUGGAAUGGCUCAUGAGCAAUUUGUAUAUUCUUAUGUUUCAAGAUGCUUCUUUACACCUCCUUACGCUGUCUACGUGUGUGUGUGUAUGUGUGUGUGUGUGUGUACCUGUCUGUCAAGAAAGCAAAUGUGCCAAUGCUAUUUACACAGAUUCAGACAUGAAAUGCUGGUCUGCCUAAUGUUACCUUAUGCCUUAUGUGGGGGGUGGGAGGUUGGAUGUCCAUUAAAAGCAUAUCAAAAAUGA